AUGUCCCCCGUUGAUCCCCCGUUCCCCCGGCAGAUGUUGGACGUCACCGGUGCCUCCACCAUCGCCCUGAGCGCUGCGCAGCUGCGGCAGCGGGCGCGGCGGGUGGCGCCCUACGCCACAGAGGAGCUGCCUGGCUUUGAGGCCUCGGUGGUGGCGGACUUCUACGGGGGCGAGACGCGGCACGGGAGGGAGCUGCGGCUGCACUCAGGUGGUUCUGUGGCUUGGGGUGGCCUGUUUGCAGCCUUCCCCUUGGGCACCGUGCACAGGCGCAGUUCCAAGGAGGAUGUGGAGCUGGUCCACCGGUCACUGGCGCGCUUUUUCCACCAAUGGCCCGGCGGCAAGCAGGGCAAUAGCUUCCCACACCUCUUCGCUGCGGCGGCGCGGGUGGGAGCCAUGGAUGGGUUGAUGGAGGUCUGGGAAGCUUACCUCACCAACACGUCGGAUCCCAAAUGCCGAUUCUACAGCAACGGCAUGGUGCUGGGCUGCGGCAGUACUGGGCUGGAGAACGUGGGCGGCGCCGCCUUUGCGACGGAGAUGAUGCUCUCAACUGCCGGUGGCAUCUUGGAGGUCUUCCCCUCCCUGCCCUUCGAAACGGCUGCCUUCCAGCUCCGUGCGCCGGGGCCGCUGCUGGUCACCGCGCAGCGGCACCAGGGGCUGGUGAUGGAGAUUCUACUGGAGCUCCCCUCCAACAGCCUGGGCCCGUCGGUGGUGCGCACUGACUGGGUCGUGCAAUCCCCUUGGCCCGAGUCUGAAGUGGUGGUGGACGGCAACCUGCAACCUGUGAGCGCUGCGGGGACCUUCCGAGUGUACCUGACCGAUGGCAAAGUACAUCAGAUCAGGAGAAGAGAAGAAAAACGGAGGCAGCUGGUGGGAUUUUGGAAAGCGAUCAGAUGA